AUGACAGACGGCAAGAAACGAGUGUGUUGUACCGUUAGGUACCGCCAACCGGCACGCAGUAGGGACCCCGCAGGCAAUGCGCGCAUGGCAGACAGGAUCAAUGUGGCCCAGCACCUGGAUAUUCAAAUAAGCUUGCUGCCGUUCCUGGAGCUGGGCUCUCUCCCUUUCAUCGACCUUGUCCAAUUGAGCUUUUACGAAGCUGGUCGUAUUUGCAAUGGCUCGCUACCUGAGUACUGUCGCAGCAUUGGCCGCGACUGGCGCUUGCUCCUGCUGAGCACGGUUCGUCGUGGAGCAGCGGAACCUAGCCCCGAUGGCUCUGUCGCACUCUUCACCUACUCGCAGUACUCUUUCGAAGAGCACUCUGGUAGCUCUGGCUUGAACCAGAUUGACCUCAAGACCGGCGACAUCUCCGAAUCAGGAUGGAAUGCCAGCGAGAUCAACGAGUUUGUCUGGCUUCCUGGGACUGAGACGGGUAUUCUAUACAUCAAUGGUACCAACGAAGAGGUUCCCGGGGGUGUCACGCUGUGGAUGGGUGAUUUCAAGAGCCCCAACACCAGCACAAUGGUUGCGUCUCUUGACGCGCCAUACUCUGGUCUGAGGGUUGCAAACACCUCUUCAGGUGACUUGCACUUUUUGGUCCAUUCGAUGGCCUACCCCAACGGUACUGCAGUCAACCCCGAAACCGAGGUUGUCCCCCACAGCACCGCCCGCCUUUACUCCAACAUCUAUGCCCGCCAUUGGGAUACGUGGCUGACGAAGAACCGAUACGCUGUCUUUGCCGGUGCUCUCUCAGCAAACAAUAGCUAUGCGUUAGCUGGCACUGGUCUCCGUAACUUGAACCACGGCAUCAACUUUACCACUACUCAGCCUGAGACCCCCAUCCAGCCCUUCGGCGAUUCCAGUGACUACGCGAUCAGCCCAGAUGGCUCAAUGUACGCUUUCGUUAGCAAGGCGCCCCAGUUGAACAAGGCCAACUACACCGCUAGUUAUGCCUACGUUGGCUCAUUUGCCUCGUCUGAGCCUCCGGUUGCUUUCAACGGUCCCGAAUCUGAGGCAGCGCAGGCUGGCCACAAGGGUGCAUCUGGCCAACCUUCCUUCUCCAAAGACAGCUCUAAGCUUGCUUACAUCCAGCAAGACGAAGACUACUACGAGUCGGACAGGUGGAUUCUGUACACUGUCGACGUUUCUGUUGAAGGUAACGGUGUUUCUGUAAGCAACUGGAAGUCGCUGAGUGCUGGUUUCGACCGCUGGGUCCAAGGCCCACUUACUUGGGCUGAAGAUGACCAAUCAAUCUUCGUGACUGCUGAAGACUACGGUCGUGUUAAGGUUUUCAACUUCCCCAUUGAUGCUGACGAGAGUUUUGUUCCUGAGCCAAUGACCUCAAACACAUCCGUUUCAUCAUUCUCCGUCCUCCCCAGUGGUUCUCUGUUUGUCACGGGUACUGCUGUCUGGACGCCAACCGAGUACUACACUGUUACAAACGGCACCAAACACACCCUCUUCGAUGCCUCCCAGGUUGAUCCCAACCUUGCAGGCCUUGGUGCCCAUUCCUUCUCUGAGAUCUUCUUCAACGCAUCCAACCCUGCUCAGAAAGACCCUCUGCACGCGAUUGUUGUCAAGCCCUCCAACUACAUGGAAAAUCAGACAUAUCCGCUUGCCUUCCUCAUCCACGGUGGUCCACAGGGCGCCUGGCUCAACAGCUGGUCGAACCGCUGGAACCCCCAAGUCUGGGCCGACCAGGGUUACAUUGUAGUCGCACCCAACCCCACGGGAUCCACAGGCUUCGGUCAGGCUCUCACCGACGCAGUCCAAGGCGCAUGGGGCAGCUGGCCAUACGAGGACCUCGUCAACGCAUGGAACUACGUCGACACCAACAUGAAUUGGAUCGACACCGCCAACGGCUUCGCCGCCGGUGCUUCCUACGGAGGCUACAUGACCAACUGGAUCCAAUCCCACGACCUCGGCAGGAAAUUCAAAGCCCUCGUCACCCACGACGGCAUCUCCAACACCCAAGGCGCCUGGGCAUCAGAGGAGCUAUGGUUCAUCCGCCACGACUACAACGGCAGCAUCUGGGAGUCGGACGCCUACAACAAAUGGAACCCGCAAAACCACAUUGCUAACUGGUCGACACCCCAAUUCGUCAUCCACAACACGCUCGAUUACCGUCUGCCCGAGAGCGACGGUCUCAGCUUGUUCAAUAUCCUGCAGGCUCGCGGUGUUCCGAGCCGGUUUUUGAACUUCCCAGAUGAAAACCAUUGGGUGCUCAAGCAGGAGAAUAGCUUGGUGUGGCAUGAGGAGAUUUUCAACUGGGUUAAUCAUUAUUCCAAGGGUGAGCCGUUGAACGAUGAACCUGUUGGUUAUUAG